AUACUGCAAUUCAGAAAUGGGAACAGUGUCUGGUGUUAGACGGCUUCAAAAGAUGUCAAUAGUGUACUUUAGCUGAGUAUGAAAAAAGUUGUUUUUUAAAUUUACCACACAAUAUAAUAAGUAGUGAUUCAAUAAUAAAAAUUAAUCACUGUCAGUUUAUCUGUAUUAUUUAAAUAUCUACAAUACGUAAUUGUAAAUAUAAUAAUUUGUAGAUUUAUGUUAUAAUAAUCCGUACAUGAGAGAAUAGCGUGAAAUUCGAUUCUAACCUAUAAUUGUUAGAAAAAACACCUUUCGAUAACAAGCAAAAUACCAGUUUGGAGUGUCAAAUUACGUACUAAAUUUUUCAAUUUAAAUAUUUCAUGUGCAAGUGAUUUUAACAAAUGAAACAAGGAGUAAUUUAAAAUGGAAUUUAAAAGUUUUUUGACCGCAAGAAGUUUUUCAAGUUGUAAAGUCUUGUGUAAAGCCGUACCAAAUAAUUUAAAAGGUAAGAAAGCUGAUUCUAAAAAAUGGUUAAUCAAGUAUAUUCAAGAUCCAUAUGUCGAAAAAGCAAGACAAGAAAAUUACCGUUGUCGUAGUGCAUUUAAAUUAUUAGAAAUAAACGACCGUUUUAAGAUAUUAUCACCUGGUUUGUGUGUUGUUGAUUGUGGUGCUGCACCUGGUAGCUGGACACAAGUAGCUGCUAACUUGACAAAUGCCGCGGGUAAAUUACAAGAUACACCUCUGGGUAGUGUUUAUGCAAUCGAUAGAUUGCCAAUACAUCAUAUCGAAGGUGCUACUUUAAUUGGCAACUUAGAUUUUACCACUAAAGAAGCCCAAACUAAACUACGUCAACUGUUAAAACAGCCAGUUGAUGUUGUGCUGUCAGAUAUGGCACCUAAUGCAACUGGAAUACGGGAUAUUGAUCAUGACCAAAUCAUUGGGUUAGCUUAUGCUGCUAUGAAAUUUGCUGUUGAAAUGUCUAAAGUCGAUGGUACAUUUAUCGUUAAACUUUGGGACGGUAGUAAAUCCCCGCAAUUCGAGAAAGAUGUGGCAAGAUUUUAUAAGUCCAUAAGAAUUGUUAAACCAGAUGCUACUAGAGAUGAAUCGACUGAAAAAUAUAUUCUAGCUAGGGGAUUUAAAGGUCUCAAAAUAAGUUAACGUAAUAUAUUUAUAAAAUAUGAGAAAAACAAACCCAAAACUCGAUUUCUAUUUGGUGAAUAAAAAUUAUAAUAAAUUUAACAAUUUU